CUACAGGGAAAGAUGCUACCGGUUUACUUUCACUUUCAGCCAGCCGCGCCUCUCACGCGCUCAGCCUGUAGAUUGUUCUGCUCGUUGGCAGCCCUGCAGUGAAAACCGUCAAAAACAACUUGUUUGUUGUUGUGUUGAUGUAAUAUUGUGAGCUUGUCUCUCUCACAAGAUAACGAGUGUGAUCCGCACUGCGUGUGUGCCCUGCUUCUUCUGUGCUGUCGGGCUAUUAGCCUACCAGAGAGGGUUAAACCGGAGGAUCUUGGCAGUUAAAACUCUCGGUUACAGAUGCGGGUUCCUGCUCAUUUCCAUUCGUUUUCUUCAAGGGUUCAGCGAUCUCAACAUUCUAUUCUACAUCCUCACGCUGUUCAGUCUAAAUCUUCUGUCGCACGCAACGCAGUUUGAAUCUUCUGUCUCCAAAGAUGGCUCUCUCCAUGCAGACCCCGGUGUGUCUGGUUGAUAACGGGCCUGACGGGCACAUGCGUGUCCAGCAGGAGGCGCUGCAGAUCCUGGAGCAGAUCCAGCAGCCGGUGGUGGUGGUGGCCGUGGUGGGGCUCUACCGCACGGGCAAGUCCUACCUCAUGAACCGGCUGGCCGGCAAACACACAGGGUUUGCGCUGGGCAGCACCAUCGAGUCCAAAACCAAAGGAGUCUGGAUGUGGUGUGUACCUCACCCCUCUAAACCAGGAAACACCCUUGUCCUGCUGGACACAGAGGGACUGGGAGAUGUAGACAAGGGAGACUCCAAGCAUGACACACAGAUCUUCUCUCUGGCCGUCCUGCUAAGCAGCACUCUGGUUUACAACAGCAGAGGAACCAUCGACAACAGGGCUGUGGAGGACUUGCAAUAUGUAACUGAGCUGGCUGAGUACAUCAAAGUGAAGUCAUCUGAUAAAGAUGGAGAAGAUUCCGAGUUUGUGAAGGUCUUCCCCAGCUUCAUCUGGGCCGUGAGGGACUUCACUCUGGAGAGGAAGAUCGACGACGAGGAUGCGACAGAGGAUGAAUACUUAGACUUCGCCCUGAAGCUGAAACCUGGCAGCUCUAAAAAGGUAAAUGACUACAACCUUCCUCGGGAAUGCAUCCGGAAGUACUUCCCAUCCCGGAAGUGUUUCACCUUCCCAUUCCCCAGCCGCCCGGAGGACGUGAUCCGUCUGGAGAGCUUGUCCCAGUCGGAGAUGGCCCCAGAGUUCCUGGAGGUCACAGAGCGCUUCUGCACCUUCAUCUUCGAUCAGAGCCCUGUAAAGCAGCUAAAGGAUGGACACACUGUCGACGGCAGGAUCCUGGGGCACCUGAUGAAGAUGUACGUGGAGACCAUGUCCAGCGGGGGAGUGCCCUGCUUGGAGAAUGCAGUGGUUGCCAUGGCGCAGAUUGAGAAUGAGGCUGCUGUGAAGGAGGGUCUGGAGGUUUACGAGAGCGGCAUGGCGCAGCUGACCGCCUACUUCCCCGUGGACCUGUGUGACAUCACCGCCGAACACCAGCGCCUCAACAGCCUGGCAACGGAGGUCUUCAUCAAGCGCUCCUUCAAGGAUGACGACGGGAAGCACAUUAAGUCUCUGGAGGAGGCUGUUAACAAGCUGUUCAGUAGAUUCCUUCAGCAGAAUGAGGAGGCCUCAGUCCUGAAAUGCAAGGAGGUCCUCAUAGGUCUCUCUGCUCCACUGAGGGAAAGACUCCAGCAGGGAUUCUACAUGAAACCCGGAGGAUACCAGCUCUACCGCCAGGACAUGGAGGACAUCGUGAAGAAAUACAAAAGCCAGACCCACCUGGGAGUCAAGGCUGAAGAUAUGCUGGAGGGCUUACUGAACCAGUGUAAGGAGGAGUCCUCAGCCAUCCUGCAUGCUGACAAGAGUCUCAGCGCCAGGGACAAACAGAUCUGCGAGCAGCGUGAGAGAGCCGUGAUGCUGGAGCAGGAGGUGAAGGCUAACGAGGAGCGUCAGCGUCAGCUGGAGGAGCGCAUGCGUGCGGAGCAGAGGAGUAAUGAGGAGCGCAUGCGACAGGUGAAGGAAAAGAUGGAGCAGGAGAUGAGAGAGCAGCGGGAGGAGGCACGACGCGCCACAGAGAGCCAGCUUGGUGAGCAGGCCGCCCUGCUGCAGAAGGGCUUCCAGGAGAAGGCGGACAGGUUGGGCCAGGAGAUCUGUGAGGUCCAGCGGAGAGCCGAGGAGGCGCAGAAGGCCAGGAGCCAGGAGUUCACCCAACUGCUGGAGCAGCAGGAUCGGCGCCACAACGAGGCCAUGGCCAUGAUGCGGCAGCAGAAUGAAGCCAUCUUAAGAUCACAAAGAUCACAAGGAGGAGGGGGUCUAUUGGGCAGGAUUAUCAGAACAAUCUUGGACUGACCAUAUCUCAUCUGACCAGAUCGUUGCUGUUGAGUCAUUGUUACUGGUGACAGUCUGCUGUUGCUGGUGUCAUACUGUAAUUAAUUGUUGACUUAUUUUUACUUUAUUUUUGUGAAUGUUAUUUUGUAC